AUGGGCUCCCGCCUGUCCUUGGACGAUUCCGUGCGGGUCGUGGUGGUCGGUGGUGGCUUCGGAGGGACGGCUGCCGCCAGCCUGCUCAAAUCCUCGGCCGUCCCUUUCGUGCUGGUGGACGUGAGAGAUGCUUUCCAUCACAACGUGGCCGCCCUCCGUGCCGCCGUGGAGAGCGGUUUUGCCAAGAAGACUUUCAUCUCCUACUCAGUCACCUUUGGGGACAGCUUUCGACAAGGCAAGGUGGUGGCAGUAGACCCUGGGAGGCAAAAAGUCGUGCUCAGUGAUGGUGAGGAGCUUCACUACUCCCAUCUCAUUCUUGCAACAGGCAGCGAUGGGCCAUUCCCUGGGAAGUUCAACCAAGUCAUUGACAUGCAAAGUGCCAUCCAGACCUAUGAAGACAUGGUUAAAGAGAUUGAGAAAUCUCAGCGCAUCCUGGUGGUGGGAGGUGGUGCUGCUGGAGUGGAGAUGGCUGCCGAGAUCAAAACUGAGUACCCAGACAAGGAGGUUAUCCUUGUUCACUCCAGACCUGCACUGGCUGAUGUGGAGCUGCUACCCAGCGUCCGUCAGGAGGUGAAAGAGAUUCUCCUCAGAAAAGGGGUCCGGCUUCUGUUAGGUGAAAAGGUCAGUGACAUGGAAAACCUCACGCCAAACCAGUUCCAGAAAGACACCGUAGUAAGGACAGAUAAGGGCACUGAGGUGGUUGUUGACAUGGUGGUUCUGUGCACUGGGAUAAAGAUUAACUCCUCUGCAUAUGCUGCUGCAUUUGGUGACAAAAUGGCAAGUAAUGGUGCUUUGAAAGUUAACAAGUACCUCCAGCUGGAUGGCUAUGAGAACAUCUAUGCCAUUGGGGACUGUGCAGAUCUCAAGAAGCCCAAGAUGGCCUACCACGCUGGGCUCCACGCCGAUGUCGUGGUGACAAAUAUCAUCAACAGCCUGACACAGAAACCUCUCAAAACCUACGAGCCAGGGUCACUAUCAUUCCUGCUUUCCAUGGGCAGGAAUGAUGGUGUAGGCCAGCUGAAUGGUUACUAUGUGGGACGUCUCCUGGUGACCAUGGCCAAGAGCCGGGGUCUGUUUGUCUCCAAGAGCUGGAAGACCAUGGGACAGACAAUGCCCUCUUAG